UCCGGAAAGUGAGGAACAACAAAGGCAGCAGCCUCCGCGCGUGCCGUGGCCAAUCCGGCGGAAUUUGGGCGAAGAAGAUUCCGGACAGGAAGAAGAAGACAAACUAUAGCUGUGUGCGUGCGUGUGUACGUGUGCGUUGGACGGAUUUUUUUUCACUGUGCCGCCGUAGGGGGGAAGGUUUUUCGGGGGGUUUCAAAAGGUAAACCUGCAGACACAACGCGCGGUCACUUGUGGGAUGCCCCCCCCCGUGAAAGUGCGUCGGUGUGCGUACUUUUUUGCGUAAGGGUUUGUGUGCGUGCGUGCGUGUACGCAUGCAGAUAUUCCGCGGAACGUUCCGCUGCGGUCGUUUCUAAUUAAAUUUGAUCCAAAUCAGGGAAAACCCGGUGGAGAAAUGUGAAGAAAAUCGGACGUCCUGAAUUACGGAACAUCCGUAAAAGUGUUCACCUCGUGGAGUGCUGGUCGGAAUUGCGUGGUUCCAGGUCCCGAGGGGGCAAUUUUCACUUAAGCUUGCCAGCCCGGAAAAUUGUGUGUGAGUUCAAGCAAGUGUCAAAUUACGGAACAUGGAUCCCGACUUUCCCGCAGGAUGAGGAAUGAGGAGGAGAUUUUUGCACCAGGUGAAAAAAGUCCUGCCAAGAUGGACGAGAUUGUCCAAUUGAAUCGCUGAAUUGUGUGAAAAAUCCUCACGAAAAUCCCCCUCAAGAUGAUUUUUGACAGUGAAAAAUUGUGAAAAUUGUGCGCGAGGAUUUGCGUCUGGGGAGGAAGAGAACGACGACGACGACGAAGACCGCAACGAAGAAGUGUCAGUGAAAUAUGGGAUUCCGCUGGAGCCGUUUUUCUCAAAGUGCGGGAAAUUCUCUCAGAGGGAUGCUGCUGGUGGUGGUGGUGAGUGGCGCGCGCCAUGAGUACUGCUGAGUGCCAGAGAGCAGAGGGCAGAGCGGCGAGCGCUCGCUCAAGAGAGCCUCUCUCUCAGUGAUAAGCGAGACAUAAUGAGCUGCAUAAGAAUUUAGCUUUCGGCACUCUGUCGUGCCGUGCUUUUUCUUCUUCUUUCUCUAUACUAAAAAUAUACUAAAAAUAAUCACACUCUACCAGUAACGGAGUUGCAAGGAAAAACUAUUCUUAGCAAACGAGGUAGCGGAAGCGGAACAAGCUAGUUCGUAGUAAAACAAAAGAUCUCAUACUUAAAAAAAAAAGUUCGUCACCCAAAAAAGUACACACUGCAGUGCGAGUGAGUGAUAAGCGCCAAGGUUGCGACAGCUGCAAAUAGAAAACACCGAAGUAAAACCCCUGUGCAAAAACAAAAGUUGGAAAUACUUUGCCAAGUUGUGUGCACCGGAUAGAAAGGAAAGCUACAGUGAAUUAGAUGUGAAUUUGCAACUUUUAUGUUCGUCAGUGAGUCGAUGUUGCUAGCUUUAUGAGCGUCAUCGGAAGCGGUCGAAGAUUCGAUUUGGAGCAAUGCGACACAUUCUGACAGUGCGAUUCCGUGGUCAGCAGUUUGUACGGGUUGAUUACACCCCAGAUGAAACGGUCCGCAUCGGUUACGUAAUUAAACAAAACUAUUAAAAGUGAGGUUAUGGCGGUGGAAAAAAGGGGUUGAAUGAAGAUAAAAAUUGCGCACAUUGUUCGUGACGGAGUUUGAGAGAACCUCUGGGGAAUGCUGGCAAGUGGAAUUAAAUGAAUUCAGAACGGGGUGUUAGUGUAAGUGUGGAAAAGGGGGUAAAGCUUGUCUCUGUGGAAGAAAAGUGUGUGAACCCCUAAAGUCAAGAGGAAAAUUAACGUGUGUGCAUUCCAUAGCAAGUGCGCAAAAGGAAUGUUAAGCGGGGUGGCACAAAAGAAGGCAAGAAGAAGAAGUGAGCUUCAAGUGAGCAUAAGAAAGUCAAGCUGCCAAGAAGAAGAAAAGGAAGGUGACAAGGCAAAAGGAGUCAAGCGCUUAUGUGUAGUGUCAAGCAGUGCUACGAAACACCGGGAAAAUGUGCCACUUCUUCUUAUGCAACAGCGCUGGUGGAGCAUCUGUAAACAGAGCAAGAGACUUUGUUGAGAGUUAGCGCCACAAUGUCCACAGCCAAACGGCUGGUGCUAUCGCUAAGAGGUCGCAAGGAAUCUCAGAGCACCACCCAGGGCACCUCGUCCACCCGGCUAGUGUCCGCGAACAGCACCUCACCCGGCCACGAACUCGACGAGAUCGCGGUGGUUUCCGGGAGCGCCGGGAUCGCUGAAUCGAGCCACGUGUCCUACGGCAGCCUCUCGCUCGGCCAAACCAAUGGGCCACGCUACAUACCAGAUGAUGAUGGCAAGGCAUGUUUUGACGACUCGAAACUGUCGCGGCAUCACUCGCACUCCCUCAACGGCACGGAUGCAGCCAUAAUGCAUCUGGCCCCUCCGCCCCUCGAAGCCGUCGGGUCCGACUUCAAUACCAUUCAAACGUCGUCCACGUUGGACCACAACAACCGAAACUCUGUGAGCCGUCAAAGUCUCAUGGACAUCGUGAGCGCCAAGCUGGGCAUGUCCGGUCCCCAGCUGGGCCAGAGCAUCUCGCAGCAAGGAUUCUUCUCGUCGUCCCGCGAUAGCCUGUCGGCGUCGGGCACGUCCCGGCCGCUGCAUUCCCAUGUGUCCGCCACCACCUCCGAGAUGGACCUGUCCCGGAAGGACCGGAAGCGGGAGCGGAGCAAGCUCAAGUCCGGCGACCAGCCGCUGCUCGGCUCCUGGAGCCGGACGGGACCGCGGGAGUCGAACGCGGGCACGACGGCGACCGGCGCGACCCGGGCCUCGACCAACCAUCUGGUGCCCCCGUGCGGCACCGGCAGCACCUGCAACGGAGCGGACCGGUACAUGUUCGGUCGCCGCUCGGGCUGCUCGACGUCGUCCCGCAAGUCCAACGGCCGCCGCUGGUCGUUCGUGUUCGACCCGGCGGGCCGGCUCUGCUACUACUGGUCGAUGGUGGUCUCGAUGGCGUUCCUGUACAACUUCUGGGUGAUCAUCUACCGGUUCGCGUUCCAGGAGAUCAACGGCGAAUCGAUCGUGCUGUGGUUCUGCUUGGACUACUUUUCCGACUUUCUCUACCUGGUCGACAUACUGUUCCACUUCCGGACCGGGUACCUCGAGGACGGCGUGCUCCAGACGGACUCGACCAAGCUGCGGCAGCACUACAUGAACUCGACGACGUUCUACAUAGACUGCCUUUGUUUAUUGCCGUUAGAUUUUUUAUACUUAUCGAUAGGAUUCAACUCGAUACUGCGAUCGUUUAGGCUAGUCAAGAUUUAUCGAUUCUGGGCCUUCAUGGAUCGCACCGAGCGGCACACGAACUACCCGAACCUGUUCCGUUCGACCUCACUGAUACACUAUCUGUUAGUUAUAUUUCACUGGAACGGUUGUUUAUAUCACAUUAUCUAUAAGAAUAACGGUUUCGGCUCCAAGAACUGGGUCUUCCACGACUCGGAAUCGGCGGACGUGGUGAAGCAGUACCUGCAGAGCUACUACUGGUGCACGCUGGCACUGACCACGAUCGGUGACCUGCCGCGGCCACGCUCCAAGGCCGAGUACGUGUUUGUGAUAGCGCAGCUGCUGUUCGGUUUGAUGCUGUUUGCGACGGUCCUCGGCCACGUGGCCAACAUCGUCACCUCGGUCAGUGCUGCCCGCAAGGAAUUUCAAGCCAAGCUGGACGGUGUCAAGACCUACAUGCGCAUGAGACGGGUCCCCAACCAUCUCCAGGUGAAAGUGAUCAAAUGGUUCGACUAUCUCUGGCUGACGCAAAAGUGCUCAGACGAGGAGAGAGCUGUAUCAUGUCUUCCUGAUAAAUUAAAGGCUGAAAUAGCUAUAAAUGUUCAUUUAGAUACACUUAAGCGAGUAGAAAUUUUUCAAAAUACCGAAGCGGGCUUUCUGUGCGAGUUGGUGUUAAAGCUAAGGCCGGUGCUGUUCUCCCCGGGCGACUUCAUCUGUCGGAAAGGUGAAGUCGGCAAAGAGAUGUACAUAGUGAAUCGAGGGCGGCUGCAGGUGGUCGCGGACAACGGCAAAACGGUGAUGGCGUCGCUCAAGGCCGGCUCGUACUUUGGCGAGAUCAGUAUCCUCAACAUGGGUACGGCAGGUAAAGCGCUCGGCAACCGGAGGACGGCGAGUGUCCGUUCCGUCGGCUACAGUGACCUGUUUGUGCUGAGCAAGAAGGACAUGUGGGACGUGCUGAAGGAGUAUCCGGCGGCCCGGGUGCGGCUGGAGGCGAUCGCGGUCAAGCGGCUCGAGAAGUACAAGAAGGCCCCACUAGAGAAAGUCGCCAUGGGACGCUGCCAGUCGACGCCAGGACUCGUGGAGACCCGGGGCCGCACCACCAUCGAGGACAUGUGGAUCUCCCCGACGACGGCGAUAACGACCGCCAGCUCGAUGGUCCCGUCCACAUAUCCGUCGGUGCCGUUGCCGGGUUUGGGCAGCCGCAUGACCAGUCCACGAUCCCAUCGGGGUGAGCUUGCCGGCAGUCAGCAGCCCCAAUCGCCCGGUUCGGUGAGCCCCAGCGUACACAGUUCCGGCGAGGAACGGCCUAGAAGUCGAGCGACGUCCCACCAGACAUCGCGACCCCAGUCCCAGCCGAGUCGGACCGGCGGUGGUGGACCAGGCGGAGGAGCGGGAGGAGGCGCGCCAAGUGGUCGACGGAGUAUCUGCGCAUCGGUAAGCGGGUUCACGACCAACGAAAGUAACAACCUGCUCGGACCGCCGUGCGACUCGUUGACCCACAUCGAAUCGUCCGGGGCAACGCCACUGCUGGGAUCCCACGAGGCCCUCGAGGGCGAGAUCAAGCGGCUGCGGGAACGGCUGCACACCGUCGAGUCGGAGAACUUCAGCCUGAACGCCAAGCUGGCCCAGCAACAGUGGGAGGUCGAGCACCGGCUGGCGGAAAUCGAGAUGCAAAUCUGUGGCGCGUCGUCCGCGUCCAGCAUCAGUCAGGAGAACGAAACCGAGGACCUGGAACGGAACCGGGAGAGUAUCAUAUAACACGGAAGCGAGCUGCCUCAAAAAGUUGCCCUGGUGUAUGUGCGAUGCAUGACUUGAAAACAGCGCUGAAACAGCACACGUGGGAGGACGACACCGGAGACUACACAACACGGCCAUUUCCGGAUAUUGGUUUGGUUCUGGAUCUCACCAUUUUACUCAUUUAUUUCGAUUGGAGGAACCAUCUACCUAGCAAACAUCAAAUCAAAUACUACUUCCGAAUAUUUAGACAUACACACAGAGUAGGAAGGAGCGGGCGUGAUAACAACCUGCAGAAGACGCCUAAGUUCAGUCCAGAGUUUUGCUUGUUUCGACCUAUGAAUGCGAACAAUCAAGGGGGUUCCAACAUAAUCCUGUAUUUAUCUUAUUAUUUCAUUGAACUGCUACUUCAAAUAAUUCUGGUCAAUUUGGUUGAGCUCAUUCAAAUGCAUUGACAUUUAUUUUGUUGCCAGAUCGUAAAACUGUAUUAAAAUUCUUGAGCAUUUCAAUUAACAAUUUACUAACCUUAACACGUUUACGAUUUAGUUAUAUUUGCAAAACAACUAAAGUGAAUCUACGAACAUUAGGAAAAAUAUUGUUUUUAGCAUCUCUCUGCCACUCUUUACUAACAUUGCAAAUUUCAUUAAUUUUUAAAAUCUAUUUAAAUUUAAAAACUUGUCUUAGUUUGAAAUUUUGAAUUGUCGUUAGAACAUGUUGAUAUCUAUUUUUUAUUGCGGAAAUUCGUUUCAAAUUAAACAUUAAAAAAAGUUUUUUCGAUUGAUUUUUUUGGACUGGUAUGGCAAAAAAAUUGAGUUUUAUCUUUUUUGAUUUGACAUUUUUUUUUUGUCAUUUAAAACUACUAUGAUUAAGUACAGGUUAUGUACAGGAAUAUAAGAUGAACUUUAUUUUUACUUUUUCGUGGUAUAGUUGUAUUAAUUUUUUAUUUUCUUUGAUUUUUUAUAUAUUUUUUAAUGUUUCUAAAUUUAUUAAAAAUUAUUGGAAUUUGACUGUUUUUUUUAAUUUCUUUGAAUUUCCACGCUUUUGUUUCCACUUCGAAUUUAUCUGAAUUUCCUUUUAAAAUUAUAGAUUUACUACUUUUAAAAAUGUUUAAAUUUUUUUCAUAAAUUCUUUUAGUUUCAUUGGAAUUUCGCGAAUUUCCUUGAAUUCGAAUGAAUUGAAUUGAAUUUCUUUGAUUUUUUAUAUUCUUUUUGAAUUACUUGGAAUAUCUUUGGAUUUCAAUGAAAUUUUAUGAUUUUUUUAAUU